AUGGGAGAAAGCUGCCCAGGGGUAUCAAGCAAGGAUGCGGGGAAAGCCGAGGGAUGCAGAGGAUGCCCAAACGAGUCGUAUUGCUCGCAGCCAAUGCAGCAGGAUCCAGACAUCAAAACCAUCCGGGAAAAUCUCGGAGGCAUAAGAACUAUUGUUGCCAUUAUGAGUGGAAAGGGAGGUGUUGGAAAAAGUACGGUCACUAGAAACAUAGCAGAGUGCAUUUCCUCCAGAGGGACCACUGUAUGCAUCUUGGAUCUUGAUCUGUCGGGGCCAAGCAUUCCAAGGCUUACUGGGACAGAUGGAGAAUCCAUGUGCGAAACAAACGGAGUGAUACAGCCAGUAGAAGUGAACGAGUUCUUAAAAGUUGUUUCUGUCGGAUACACUCAGAGUUCGUAUGGGGAAGGAACCGCGUUCAGCUCUAGGCUUAAGACAAAUGUUUUGAAAAAGUUACUGAAGAAUUGCAAUUACAAAGGGGUGGAUGUGUUGCUUCUAGACACGCCUCCAAAUGUGACUGAUGAGCAUCUUGGAAUGGUGAACUUCAUAAAGCCGAAGUUUGGAAUUAUUGUCACAACGCCUCAGAAAUUCUCGAUGCAGGAUGUGAUAAGGCAGAUCGACUUCUGUGGGAAAGCAAGGAUAGAUAUCCUUGGAAUCAUAGAGAAUAUGAAAAGAUUCGUCUGCCCAAGUUGCAGCCACGAGAAGAGCGUGUUCAGGAGUACUGGUGUUGAGCUGUAUUGCAAGUCUAGUGGUGUCCCAUAUCUGGGCUCGAUUGACUUAAGGCAAGACAUAGCCAAAUCAUCAGAUAUGGGGCAUGCUAUACAAGAAGAUGCCUUCAACGGGAUAUGCAACCUUAUCAUGUCUCUGCACAAGGCCAGCGAUGGGAGCCAUUGA